AUGACGAUUAAGCUGGUCAUUGGAGGGUUUAUUUUGCACAUUAUUAGUGCUUACGCGCCACAAGCGGGCUUGGGCGAGGAGGAGAAAAGCCGUUUUUGGGAGGAUUUGGACGAGAUUAUGGGAGGUAUACCGUCCACUGAGAAGCUAUUCAUCGGAGGAGAUUUCAAUGGGCACAUUGGAAUUUCAGGGGGAUAUGACGAUGUGCAUGAAGGUUGUGGUUUCGGGGACAGGAACGGAGGAGGAGUUGCACUGUUGGAUUUUGUAAAAGCCUUUAGGCUGGUGGUAGCCAAUUCGAGUUUCCCGAAGAAGGAGGAGAAAUUGGUGAGAUAUAGCGAUGACGGUAGUUCCAAUAAUCCAACGAGUUUAGAAAGGUGUCUUAAGGAAAGUUUUGUGGGACAUGAAUAG